CAGUCAAAGUGAAAAUGGAGACCGACAUUUCUUUCAGCUAUGUAUUAAGAAAACACGGAACCACACACUGACACACCGUGUUCAACUGAACAGCAAUUUUAGUCGUGUCUACUUUUAGGAUAUUUUAGUGUUCGCAAUGAUUUUUUUUGUGCGUUAAUUUUCAUUUGUGUCGAUUUUCUUGAUGUCAAUUUCCCGGUUGCUAGGAAGGUGUCAUGGACGCUAGUUUUGUCAGUUUCAUGUCCCAAUGUCUGUCUUGCUGAUAUGUAUAACAGCAGUUUAAUCAUCAUCAGAUAAAAAAACUGAAACUUAUGUGAAUUGACUUCUGAUUUAAUACAGCAAAAUGACAACGGAGGACAGAUUCUCAAUGACCGCUGAAAAGUAUUUGGCAAAACACAAUAUUCUUGUGUAUUUAGAGGAUAGUGUUGCCCAACUGUUGGAACACAGAGAAGAGAACCCCAAAACAAAUGCUGUUAAAUUCUUCAGUGAAUACUUCAACAGUUUACGAGAUGGCAACCACACCAUGUUUAGAGAGUACAAUUUUGUACAGGCCACUCCACACAACAGAGCAUCGUUUGUUCGACUUUUCUGGAAAUGCUAUAGACAAAUUGGUAAAAAAGGAGAUCUUUUGAGUAUACAGGAGUAUCACUCAUUAUUGUCCCUGUUGUGUCCAGAUUUCCCAUUCGAACCUGUUCAGAAGACAGCCAGAAUUAUACUUCUGGAUGAUGCCCUUGACUGCCUGAUAUCCUUUGCAGAUUUUAUCUAUGCUUUCCAAGUACAGUUUUACUAUGAAGAGUUUAUGGAAAAGUGCCAUGAGAUUUACCUAUCACUAAUGCAGACUCAGCGUAGUCCACGUGACCCAGUGGUGGUACCGUCGGGGACAGAGGACACCAAGGUCCAUCAGAAUAGCCACCAUCCCUCAGAUGGGGUCGACGCCAUGCAGUACUUUAGGGCAGUGUAUCCUGUGUGUGACAGAUCCUCGUUCAGCACCCCACCAGGAAACUGUCUAAAGGAGAUUCUGUUCAAUGUGCCGAGGGUUUCCUUCUAUGGCUUCCUAAUGGCUCUGGCAAAGAGUGAAUCUAUCAAUGACCAUAUAGGGAGACUCCCUCCGAAGGCUGAACUAUUAGAAGGAGCUGACUCCGAGUUAACAUCUAAAAAGCCAACAAAACUACCAGUAAGGCUGGGAAAAAAUGCAAGCGGUCAGACUGUGGCUACUAAUCCUCAACUGACCAUGCCAAAUCCCCAAGUUCACGCCAGGAAAAAGAAAAAGUCACACUUAACUGUGAUGCAAGUAUCGGAUAUUUCACACACAUAUUUACAAAUAUUUGCAAAUAAAAGGAAGCAAAUUGAAGCAUUGGAAAGUGAGCCCAACGAUUCGAAUGAAAACCAAGACGAGGCCAGUAUCAGCGACGGGGAACAGCAAACAUAACACAGACCGAGUGUCUAGUACACAAAAUGUGUACACCACACAGUCCUCCAGUAACUCUCUCUCAUCACAUUCAAACAAAGCAAAGAACUCUCAUAUCACUGCUAGGAAAAUGAAGAAGAGAAAGGACAGUUCAGAUGAAAGUAGUUCUGAUUCGGAUACUGAAAGCAGUGACGAUACAAAUUAAGUAAUUAGUUUCAUUUGGACUUUAUAUGGUGUUGUGUAGUGUUAGCACAACUAUGAGUUACACAGAGAGCUGCCUAACGAUGAAACACUGCAGUGUUUGGGCAUAACAUCUAGUGUACCAGUACAAAGACCUACACUACUAGACAAUGUUAAUUAAUAUUGUAUAGUGUUAAAGUGUUAUACAGUGUUUAUGGCAGAAAGUCCUUCAUCACAACAAAUAUUGUGGAAUGACACAAGCACCUGCCUUACAACAGAUUUAUACAGACCUUCAUUCUCCACUUCAGUGACUUUGGAUACAUUUUUGUUUAACUCCGGGAUCCAUUUUCAUCCAGGCAGAAGCAGAGCAUGUGUCAUGUUUUACUUUAUUAAAUAACUGUCAUGUUUACCAGUAGGUAGCAUGAAUCCUUAAAUCAGAGUAAUAGUACAUUUAAAUCACAUAACAUAUGAUGCAAUAUUUUUUCAAUAAAUCACUUAUUUUUUGGUGAAUAUAUAUGUACUAAUUCAUGAAGUGCUGAUCACUUAUUCCAAUCCUUUAGGAGAACAUUAGUUCCAGCUGGUGAUCAAUUUGUAUCUCAAGCCUCGGCAUUAUCCCUGGAAAACUACAGGGUUUUCCUGGAAUGGGAGGAUGCUACUUAGCCUCUGACUUGGUCUUUCCUUUCCAACUCGGAAAACAUAAAAUUGUAUGCCCGUUAAUUGAAUUUGCAAUUUUGUCUUCUUAAAUUAUUGAAAUUUAAUUACAUGUACAUGUAUUCAAGAAAAUUAGUGACUUCACAGAACGUAUCCUCUUACUGAUAGUUUCCAUUGUUUUACUACAGUGUUGUAUGUUCACUGCCCUUGAUUUUGUUAGUUUCCUCAUUGGCAAUACAAUAAGUUCACAAUUUGCAGAUUACAUAGUGUGAUUACAGUGUACAAUGAAAUCCUUGUAAAAUCUAGCAUAGCAUACAAUGAUGUCCUGUUAAAUCUAGCAUAGCAUACAAUGAUGUCCUGUUAAAUCUAGCAUAGCAUACAAUGAUGUCCUGUUAAAUCUAGCAUAGCAUACAAUGAUGUCCUGUUAAAUCUAGCAUAGCAUACAAUGAUGUCCUGUUAAAUAUCUAUCUACUUUACAGUAAUGAGUGUUUCGGUAAUUUUCUGGUCCCUCAGAACAUGAAGUGGAUAAUGCUGUGCUUCAUUGAAUUUCAUAUGAAUGAUAUUAAAAUGUUUGUGUUAUUUAUUAUUAUUUAUAUUCUCAACACCUCAUCAAAAUAUUUUUGUAUUAUAAACCACGAAGAAAAUUAUUAAAGAUGUUGAAAUACA